AUGGAGGAGGUUUUGUUGUUGAAAGAAGAGAGAGAAGAGAAGAGAGGGAGAGUGAGAUGGGGUGCAUUGAUAUGGGAGGAGAUGAAGAGACUGGGAUACUUAGCUGGACCUAUGGUAGCAGUGACUCUAUCACAGUAUCUGCUUCAAGUAAUAUCAGUAAUGAUGGUGGGCCAUUUGGGUGAACUCUCUCUCUCCAGCACCGCCAUAGCCAUUUCUCUCUGUAGUGUCACUGGUUUCAGCUUUCUAUUAGGUAUGGCAAGUGCUCUGGAAACUCUAAGUGGACAAGCAUAUGGUGCUCAACAAUAUAAAAGAAUUGGAACUCAAACUUACACGGCCAUUUUUUCCCUGAUUAUUGUUUGCAUUCCUCUCUCUGUCCUGUGGAUAUUCUUGGGAAAGGUACUCGUUUUUGUAGGCCAAGAUCCUCAGAUUUCGCACGAAGCUGGAAAAUUUACAAUGUGGCUUGUUCCGGCACUUUUUGGCUAUGCAACGCUUCAACCACUCAUUCGGUAUUUUCAAAUGCAAAGUAUGAUCCUUCCCAUGCUCAUAAGCUCAUGCAUCACUAUCUGUUUCCACAUAGCUGUCUGUUGGGUGCUAGUAUUUAAGUCGGGAUUAAAGAAUAUUGGAGCUGCUGUAGCCAUGGACCUUUCGAUGUGGUUAAAUGUUACCAUUCUCGGUUUGUACAUGAAGUUCUCUUCCACCUGUGAGAAAACCCGUGCCCCCCUUUCAAUGGAUAUAUUCAAAGGAAUGAAAGAAUUUUUCCGCUUUGCCGUUCCUUCUGCUGUAAUGAUUUGUCUUGAAUGGUGGUCAUUUGAGCUACUUAUCUUGCUAUCAGGGCUUUUACCUAAUCCGCAGCUUGAAACCUCGGUGCUCUCCGUGUGCCUAAACACCAUUUUUACACUAUAUGCAAUACCGUAUGGAUUAUCUGCUGCUGCAAGCACAAGAAUAUCGAAUGAGUUAGGGGCUGGAAAUCCACGAGGAGCUCGUGUAUCCGUUAUUUCUCUAAUGCUUAUUGCGGCCGUAGAAGGAUUAACAGUGAGCGCAAUCCUCUUUAUUAGCCGGCACGUUUUUGGCUACAUUUUCAGCAAUGAGAAGGAAGUUGUGGACUAUGUCACAAAUAUGGCUCCUCUUGUUUGUUUAUCUGUUAUAAUGGACUGCAUUCAAGGAGCCCUUUCAGGUGUUGCAAGAGGUUGCGGCUGGCAGCAUAUUGGAGCGUAUAUAAAUCUUGCUGCGUUUUACCUUUUCGGAAUUCCAAUUGCUGCAGCAUUGGGUUUCUGGUUAAAUUUUAGAGGGAAAGGUCUCUGGAUUGGAGUACUCUCUGGCGCUACUUUACAGACUAUUAUGCUUGCCACAAUAACAAGUUGUACAAACUGGGAAAAACAGGCAACUAAGGCAAGGGAGAGGUUAUUUGAGCAGAAGUCUUCAGCUGAUGAAGCAUUUAUUUUAAGAGAAUGA